AUGUCAAGUGCACCACCUACUCAAAUAUCUCGACCGGAUGUGUCCGGACCGAAUGCACCACAAUUCGAAGAAAUCGCGGGGAAAGCCCAGAAGAGUUUCGGAUAUGUCAAUUUUACCGUCCUACAAUGGAUUGAGGAGCGACAUGCAUUGAAGAGGAUUUACUCUUCUCACCCAGAUGAUUAUCCUGUAGGAGGUGAGAAGAUAAUGACCAAAGGUGCACCAUGGCCUAGCACCGUGGUCAAAGCACGCAAACCAUACGCAUCCUGGAAUAUCGAAGAAAUACAAUCGACGUAUGUCGACGCUCCCGCUCUUAUAGCUCUAGGGAUCCAUCAAACUAUCAGUGUGCCUGUGCUCGACGAUCAAGGGAAUACUGUAGCCGCUCUGAGUUUUUCAGGUGUCAAGGGUCAAUACACAGAAGAGACCUUGAAGGAGAUGCAGACGCUCGCGAAGGAGGAUGGAACCCAGGCGUUCAAUGAAUAUUUAUCGACCCAAUGA